AUGUCCUGCUGCUCAGACAAACCAUCACACAAGCAGUCUAAGUCAGACCAUGACAAUGACGGGUCACUUCUACGAAGACCCUUCCAGCUAGUCGUCAAGUAUCUACCGGAAGGAUCCGCUUUGCUUUCAUCUUCGUGCUGUUGGCUGCCGACUGUUCUGGAUUUUCUCUUUGCGGGUUCGGUGGCAACUUCUGGCAUCGAGAAAUUGCGAAAUUUGUUUCUUGCUAUUUCCAUUUUGACCCUUAUCUUGGGUGUGCGGCGUGAGGGAUUCAGUCGUAGAAUGUUGUGGCGGAUUUCAAUCUGUGUUGGAUUGUUAGCUUGGGCGCAAGUGAAUCGGUCGGGAAAGGUUGAUAGCACGGGGAAAAAGCACAGCUGCCAUUAA